AUGAAGAAUAAGGAUGAACGAGAUCGCAAAGAUGAUCCCAACUUUGACGAGUUCCCGAAAGCGGAAUUUGACUGCAAUGUAGUCAGUGGAGCCCUUGGAGGAGGUGAAGACACCAUAAGUGCAAGAAGGAAGUACUUGAAGGAGGGGGACAUGCAUGGCGUGUUGCCCGGGCAUGUUGAUGGGCUUGUCAUAGCUGGAACUCUGGUAAACUGCCGGGUUAAAAAGAUUUUUGUUGAUGCAGGGAGUAGUGCCGACAUCAUACUAUGGGAUGCCUUCAAAAAGAUGAACCUGGGUGAGGAGGACCUCAAACCUUGCAAAACUACUCUGAUAGCUUUUAAUGGAGAGCAUACACCUCCUAAAGGCUAUGUAGAUCUCAGGUUGACCCUGGGAACCAAGGAAGCAUUCAAAUCAGAACGGGUAAGGUUCAUAGUGGCUGACUUCCCAUCAGAAUAUAAUAUAAUUCUUGGGAGGCCAACUAUACACCAGUGGGACAUGCUGGUUUCCACGAAGCACCAAAAGAUAAAGAUGCUAAGCAGUAAGGGCGAAAUAAUUACUGUUUGUGGAGAUCAAAAGGAGUCCAGAGGAUGCUACUUAGACAUAGUUAAAGAUAAUGAGGAUGGACACACAAGUCCACCCCGGGUUCAUGCAGGGGAUAAACAAGGAAAAAAUGCUAUCCAGCACCACUCCAGGAAACCCGUCAAUGUGGUUGAACUCGACAUGAGAGAAGAGGUAAUACCGAGACCCGAACCCGACAGAGAGCUAGAAAACCUGGUACUCGGAGCAGACCCCGACCAGUUUACCCGAAUUGGUAAGACUAUAGAUCCCCAAAUUAAACAAGUAUUGGCCGACUUUCUCAAAAGUAACACAGAUGUAUUUUCCUGGAAGUCGUCUGAGAUCCCCGGCAUUGACCCCACCUUAUGCUGUCACAAACUGGCAGCUUAUCUGGGGUCUACGCCGAUUUCCCAAAAGAAAAGGAAGCUGGGACCAGAAAGAAAGCAAGUUAUACAAGAACACGUCAAAGAGCUCUUGGAUGCAGGGUUUAUUCGGGAGAUACAGUACACGACAUGGCUUGCCAAUGUGGUGAUGGUGAAAAAGCCAAAUAGAAAAUGGAGAGUCUGUAUUGAUUAUACAGACUUAAACAAGGUUUUCCCAAAGGAUUCUUAUCCUAUGCCUAACAUAGACCAGCUGGUAGAUAACUCGGCUGGAUUUCGUCUGAUGUCCUUUAUGGAUGCCUACUCGGGAUACAACCAGAUCCCAAUGUACCCCGUGGAUCAAGAAAAAAUGGCCUUUAUUGCUGAAAAGGCCAACUACUACUACAACGUGAUGCCUUUUGGGCUUAAAAAUUCAGGGGCAACCUACCAGAGGAUGAUGAAUACAGUCUUUGAAGAUCAGUUGGGCAAGAAUGUAGAAGUCUACAUUGACGAUAUGAUCGUAAAGUCAUUUGAUAAGGCGAAUCAUGUCCAGGAUCUCGAACAAACAUUUCAAAAGCUCAGGAAGUACCGCAUCCGCCUCAACCUGGUAAAAUGCGCGUUUGAGGUAGCAGCUGGGAAGUUUUUGGGUUUCAUACUAACCCAUAGAGGAAUUGAAGCGAACCCUGACAAAUGCAAGGAAGCAAUUGACGGAUGGAACCCGACGUGUGAAGCCGCGUUCGAGAAGGUCAAGAAAUGCUUAGUAACUCCACCAGUCCUCUCGAAGCCAAACCCAGGAGACAUUCUGAUCCUGUAUCUGGCAGUAGGGGAGGAAGCAAUAAGCGUUGUACUCAUCAAAGAAACUAACGAAGGCCAAGAGCCGAUUUACUUUGUCAGUAGAGCUUUACAAGGCGCAGAGGUCAGAUAUCAAAAGCUAGAAAAGGUGGAUUUUUCUUUGCUGGUCACGGCCAGGAGAUUACGACCAUACUUUCAGGGUCAUCAAAUAGUUGUCAGGAUCAAUCAGCCUAUUCGACAGGUCUUGCAUAAGUCGGACCUGGCAGGAAGAAUGACCAACUGGGAAAUUGAGCUCAGUGAAUAUGACAUAACAUACGAAAGCCGGAAAGCCAUCAAAUCACAAGCUCUGGCCGACUUUAUAAUGGAACUGACGCCAGUAAACUCAGAACGUGAGGAAUCCGGAGAUGCAUGGAAGGUCUACGUAGAUGGAUCCUCCAUCAAUAAAGGAAGUGGGGUUGUAAUCAUAUUAGAAAGCCCUGAAGGAGUAACGAUUGAACAUUCUCUGAACUUGGGAUUUCCAACCUCAAAUAAUCAAGCUGAAUAUAAAGCUCUGAUAGCUGGGCUGAUGCAGGCCAAAGAACACGGAGCUAGGAAAGUUCAAAUCUUCAGUGAUUCACAGCUGGUAACUUCGCAGAUAGAAGGAAAGUACCAAGCUAAAGGUCCUUUGCUAAUGAUAUACCUAAGUCGAGUUCAGGAAAUCAUGGCCGACUUUGAUGAGGUGCGGGUUACUCACAUCCCACGAAGGGAGAAUAUCCGAGCUGAUAUUCUGUCGAAGUUAGCCAGCACCAAAAAUUCGAGUAACCACAGAACUGUGGUUCAGCAAAGUAUAGCAAUACCAAGUUGCGUGAUGGUGAUAACCUCCGCAAAUGACUGGAGGAAACCUCUAGUAGAUUACCUUGAGAAAGGAAUAUUGCUAGAAGACCACCUGGAAUCCAGAAAGCUGGUCCGAGAUGCGACACAAUACAUAAUUGUGAAUGACCAGCUAUUUAGAAAGGGUUUGCACAACCCCAUGCUAAAAUGCUUGAACUCGGAAGGAGCGAAAUAUGUGCUCACCGAGAUCCAUGAAGGAAUAAACGGCCAUCACAUGGGAGGCAAAGCCUUGGCCAGAAAAGCCCUCAGAGCUGGUUACUACUGGCCGACAAUGGGGGCAGAUUCCAAAGAACACGUCAAGAAGUGUGACAGCUGCCAGAAGCAUGCCAAACUAAUCUUUUCACCACCUGAAGAGCUGAAAUGUAUCUCGGCUCCAUGGCCUUUCUUCAAAUGGGGAAUGGAUUUACUAGGACCCUUCAAAGCUGCGGAAGGUCAACUUAAAUGGCUGAUCGUGGCUGUGGAUUACUUCACGAAGUGGAUAGAAGCAGAAUCGGUCACCACAAUCACCUCGGCUAGAGUGCAAAGGUUCUUUGAACGAAACAUUGUUUCUAGAUUCGAAAUUCUAACCGAGGUGGUCACUAAUAAUGGAACACAGUUUGCUGAUAAGAGAUUCCAGCAGCUAAUGAAAGACCUACACGUCACACAUCGCUUCGCAUCUGUGGAACACCCACAAUCGAAUGAGCAAGCCGAAGCAGCCAACAAAGUUAUUGUGGAAGGUCUCAAAAAACCAAUGUUUGAUGCUGAAGAAAGCUGGAUUCAACAACUAUACUUUGUCCUUUGGGGUUACAGAACAAUCACCCAAACUGCAACAGGGGAACCCCGUACAGACUAA